CAGUGCAAACCCCAAGAGUGAAUUCCCAAGAGUAUUCUAUUUAGUGUUAUAUCAACUUGUGUUUAUCCAUUGUAAAAUGUUUAGAAAGGCGAGAUAUUUGUGCAACAAACAGCGCUUCACACACUGACCUGACCUUAUUUGGAGAAAAAAACAACUCACAUUAGUCCACCUGGUGCACCUUAUCCGGAAAUUAAGUAAACGAGACUAAAAAACGGCUUUCUAAAUGUGCACGAACUUCCUCAGGCUUCAUCGUGUUGUCAUAAAAUGUGAGAUUAGUUCGCGUUGUCUCUCGUGCUGAUGAACGCGAGCUCAUUCAGUGGAUUUGAGCGCAGAUGUUGCUCAUCGCGCGUGAGGUGCGGCGCCUGAGGAGCCUCACACUCUUCAUCGUCCUCUUUCCUCAUGGCGAGAAAGACCUUGGCUUGGUUAGUGCUGUGAAAUGUGGUGUUUCAAUCAUGGCACGGGGUCUGAUACCGUGGAUCUGGCUGAAGCGACCCGUCUAUAUCCAGGCCCGGUUCUCCUACCUACACAUGAAGUACCUGUUUUUUUCCUGGUUGGCUGUUUUCGUGGGAAGCUGGGUGGUGUAUGUAGAAUACUCUUCAUACACAGAGCUGUGCCGUGGACAUGAGUGCAAGAACUCUAUUUGCGAUAAAUUCCGGAAGGGGGUGAUUGAUGGUUCAGCCUGCAGCAGCUUGUGUGAAAAAGACACUCUUUACUUGGGGAAAUGUCUCUCUGCCAAACCCAGCAAUCAGGUAUAUUCUGGCAGUUGGGGGGAUAUGGAAGGAAUCAUAAAGUGCCAGAUGGAGGAGGACCCUCAUUAUGAUCUGGGUGUAGAACUGGAACCCCGAAAAGAGUCUGCAUCCUUUAACAGGCCAACCAAAGGGACAUCAAUGGAGAAGUUCAAAGAAAUGGUCUUCAGCCAUCUAAAGGCACAAGUAGGAGACCAAGCCAACUUAGCAGAUUUGGUGACCCUUGUGCUUGGAGUCGCCGACAGCAACAAGGAUGGCCAGAUCUCCUUGUCAGAAGCACAUUCAUCUUGGGCUUUACUGCAGCUGAAUGAAUUCCUGCUGUCCGUCGUGCUGCAGGACCGAGAGCACACCCCCAGACUGCUGGGCUUCUGUGGGGACUUGUAUGUGAUGGAGAAGGUGCCUUACGUACCACUCUAUGGCAUCAGCCUACCAUGGAUGGUAGAGCUGUGGAUUCCAGCCAGUCUGAGGCGAAGCAUCGACCAGUGGGCUGCUCCCUCCUGGCCCCGCAAGGCUAAGAUAGCCAUCGGUCUGCUUGAGCUUGUUGAGGAUGUCUUCCACGGCACAUUCGGAAGCUUUCUCAUGUGCGAUGUUAGUGCCGCGGGGUUUGGUUAUACAGAGCGCCAUGAUAUAAAGGUAGUAGAUGCAAAGCGUAUUAUACCCGAAGCUGCUUUUCAAGAGGCAAUGCGUGAAAGGCGGUGCGAAGAGGACAGCGACUGUGUGUACGGAAGGGACUGCCUCACUUCCUGUGAUCUCACUAAACACCGCUGCACUACAGAGGUCACGCAGCCGAAUCUGGCUAAAGUAUGUAGCACACUGAAGGACUAUCUUCUGCACGGUGCACCAUCAGACAUUAAAGACGAACUGGAGAAACAAUUGUACGCCUGCAUUGCUCUCAAAGGCGCCAGCGAACAGAUGGAAAUGGAGCACUCACUGAUUCUCAACAACCUCAAAACUCUGCUUUGGAAGAAGAUAUCACACACAAAAGACUCAUAAUAAUACAUAGAACAAAGUUAUUGUUCGUAUAUACAGAACACUGAAGAUAUGAACUGGGACUGUCUGAAUGAUAUCGGACAACCCAUAUUUUGCCUAAUAUAAUAUUUUUAUUUUUGGCCUGCAUUUGUAGAGUACUGUCAAUAUACCCUUUGUGGCACCUUGUUUUGUUAAAUUACUCAAUCUUGACUCGAUCCCAAAUUCUAAAAGCUUGGGCUGCAGAGAGAUACUUCUGCUAAUGAAGGUCCUCCAGUGCCAAGAGAAAAUGCCAAAUUAUUAUUCUUACUGCAGAUCCUCGUUCAGGAAAGUGAGACAAUCUAACUGUCUCGCCCAGGGGUUUUCAAACUGAGGCCCAUUUUACAGAAAAAAAAAAUCAUUUUAUAAAAUAUAUUUUUAGGGUAGUUAUCUUGUAAAUAGGUUAGACAGUACUUUAUUUAUUUGAAUUAAUUUAUUUCUACAGAUUAAAAUGAAAUUAUUUUAUUGUACUGACAGCACUGGUUUCAAAUCUGGGUUUUAUUUUAACGUUUUAGUGGGGAAAAAAAAAAAAAAAAAAGUGAGUGAACCUAGAACAGAAGUAAAUACUGUCCACAUCAUUUUAUUUUAAUAAUUUACUUUGGCUUUAGCCCAGUAAUAACAUUUCUUUAUACAUGAAACAUAUAGAUGUCAUUACUUGGUCAGGGAUAAUUUAAGGGGGCCUUGGCAUCAGAAAUUGUGAAAACCCCUGCCGUAGUCUGCAAAAGAUAUUUCAGAACAUUUCCAUGCU